CUGGUAAUCGCACACGCACACGGGACCGCCGGCUUUCAGGGAACACAGGACACGACGGGGGAGGCUCAAAUGCUCUGGAAACAGAGGUCAGGGAAGGUCAGGGAAGGUCAAAGAAAAGAGAAGAUCAGAGAAGGUCACGGAAGGUCACGGAAGCAUUUGAGCCUCCCCCGGCGUGUCCUCUGUCCCCUGAAAGCGGCGGGUCCCGUGUGCGUGUGCGAUUACCAGUUUGGAGAGGAGGGCCUGUCCGACGUGGCCGGGCGGCUGAAGGAGAUGCUGGACAUCGACGUGGCCGAGGACGACCUGGACGCCAAACAGGAAGUGGCGGCCGAGACGGAGGACGGUGGCGCCCCCUCUGGCGGAUCGGAGUAUGGUGUGGAUGGGAUGACUCUGAAGUCCCUUAAGGAGGACGGAUAUAAAGCCGUCUUCAUCGGGAUCGGUCUCCCCCAGGCCAACAGAGCUCAGAUCUUCCAGGGCUUGACGGUGGAUCAGGGCUUCUACACCUCUAAGGACUUCCUGCCCAUGGUGGCCUCCGCCAGCAAGAAAGGCCUGUGCGGGUGCCGGUCAGCGCUCCCGGCUCUGCGGGGCUCGGUCAUCGUUCUGGGCGCCGGGGACACGGCCUUCGACUGCGCCACCUCCGCGCUGCGCUGCGGAGCCCGCAGGGUCUCCGUCUGCUUCAGGAAGGGCUUCACCAACAUCAGGGCCGUGCCCGAGGAGGUACGGGGUCAGGGGAAGGGCUUCACCAACAUCAGGGCCGUGCCCGAGGAGAGCAUCUUGGCUCUUAAUCCCAGGGUGAAGAGUCAUGCUCAGAUCAUGUCCACGGCGAGUAAGAAGAAGGAGAAGAAACACUGGAAGAGAAACCCUGAGAGGGGCUGUGAUUCCUGUGUGAAGCUGGAAAACAACUUUGACGACAUCAAGCACACGACUCUGAGCGAGCGAGGAGCUCUGAGAGAAGCUCAGAGGUGUCUGAAAUGUGCUGAUGCUCCCUGUCAGAAGAGCUGUCCCACCAACCUGGACAUCAAGUCCUUCAUCACCAGCAUCUCCAACAAGAACUACUACGGGGCGGCGAGGGCCAUCCUGUCCGAUAACCCUCUGGGCCUGACCUGUGGGAUGGUGUGUCCCACCUCUGAGCUGUGUGUGGGGGGGUGUAACCUCUAUGCCUCUGAGGAGGGGCCCAUCAAUAUCGGAGGGCUCCAGCAGUUUGCCACUGAGGUUUUCAGUAAAAUGGGAAUCCCUCAAAUCAGAAAUCCAGAUCUCCCACCAGCCAAUGAGAUGCCAGAGUCCUACCACGCCCCCAUCGCUCUGAUUGGCUGCGGCCCGGCCUCCAUAAGCUGCGCCUCCUUCCUGGCCCGCCUGGGAUAUGAUAACAUCCAAAUAUUUGAGAAGCAGAAGUACACCGGGGGCCUGAGCACAUCAGAAAUCCCUCAGUUCCGCCUCCCGUACGAGGUGGUCCAGUUUGAGAUCAGCCUGAUGAAGGACCUGGGAGUUAAGGUAGUAUUACUGAGAUAG